GUAAAGUGAGAGUAUAGUGGAAUGAUGAUGUGACAGUGUAUUGUUGUGUUGAAUUAGAUGUAUUGUUGUUGAUGAUCUAACAAACAUAUCCCCAUCGAUUAGGUCGCCCAACUACCCUAUGAAUUGCCACUGGGUUUUUUAACUACCCUUCUUCAUAUUCAUACUUACCAUAUUACACCAUUCACUUGCCCCUUUAUUUCCCUUCAAAGCCCCACAAAAUCCUUCUCCUCCACCUGAUUCAUAUAAUUCACUUGUUGUCAUCUCUGCCAACUUCAAUCCGAUUGAUACAAUUUUUCAAAUUUCAUUUGAUAGCUCUUUGAGAUACGGGUUUUGUAGCUUUUGACUCCAAAAGUAAAGGUUGGUCGCCCUUUUUUUUUUGUGGGAUAAUCAACGCAGGAGAAUUAUCAAUGGCCAGGAAGAAGAUCAGAGAGUAUGAUUCGAAGAGGCUUCUUAAGCAGCACUUGAAAAGACUUGCUUCAAUUGAUCUUCAGAUCUGCUCUGCUCAGGUAAUCCCAGUAUCCCUUUUAGUUUUCUUUUUCUUUUUUUUGUCUCUAUCAAGUUCAAAUCUUUCUCUUAUGUAUGAUCACGAUGGAUGAUUGGUUUGAUAAUUCGUGAAAAGGGCUAUGAGUUUGGAUGAAGUUUUAAUUAUCUUUUACAUGAAUUCGGAUAUAUGAACUGGAUUUAGUUAUGCGGAGUUAUGAUCAGCUGUUGAAUGUGGCAUUCUCUUGUUUUACUUUUAGGAUUUAAAGUAUCUCUGAUCACGUUAUCAUGUUGAUGUAUUAGUGGUAGUUUGUUAAAAGUGUUUCAAUUUACUUGAUGAAGCUUUCCAGUUUUUAGGCGGCACCUUUUAUGGGUGCAACUCAUUGAAGAUGUUUGUAUCCUGUUAACUAGAGUUUUUAACUUAUUUGCGGUCUUAUCCUAGGGAAUUUUCCAUACCGAGCAGAAUUCUAAUUCACAAAAUUGAUUAGCAAAGGACAUUUCCGGGGGUUUGGCGCAGCGGUAAGAGCUGUUGCCAGUUUACAUGAGGUCAGGGGUAUGCCUAAUGUAAGUUUGCCUCUAUUGAGCAUCAAUUGCUUCGUAUUCCCCCCUAUCUUGCAAAUGUUAGAUUUCCUAUAUAUCUGGCCGACCUUUCAUUCCAGUUAGGCGCAUUCCCUUUCAGAUGCAUUAAGCUUUUUUCCUCUAUGUUUCUUCUCUUUUACUUUUAAUGUCAAAAUUGACUCCAGGUCAAUGCAGCUACCGACUUUACCGAGUUGACAAACAAAGAGCCAUGGCUUUCAUCUACGAAGUUGGUUGUCAAACCUGAUAUGUUAUUUGGAAAGCGUGGGAAGAGCGGUCUGGUUGCCUUAAAUUUAAAUCUAGCAGAAGUUGCUGAGUUUGUUAAAGCUCGCCUGGGUGUGGAGGUUGAAAUGGGCGGUUGCAAGGCACCUAUUACUACAUUCAUUGUCGAACCAUUUGUUCCCCAUGACCAGGAAUAUUACCUCUCCAUAGUUUCGGAACGGUUAGGCAGUACAAUUAGCUUUUCAGAAUGCGGUGGUAUUGAAAUUGAAGAGAAUUGGGACAAGGUUAAGACAGUUUUCCUUCCAACUGAAAAAGCUAUGACACUGGAGGCAUGUGCUCCUCUAAUUGCUACCCUGCCAUUGGAGGUAAGGGGGAAGAUCGGCGACUUCAUAAUGGGAGUUUUUGCUGUGUUUCAAGAUCUGGAUUUCAGUUUCCUUGAGAUGAAUCCCUUUACUCUGGUGAACGGGGAACCAUACCCAUUGGACAUGCGAGGAGAGUUGGAUGACACCGCUGCAUUUAAGAAUUUUAACAAAUGGGGUGAUAUUGAGUUUCCUUUACCUUUUGGAAGAGUCUUGAGCCCAACUGAGAGCUUCAUUCACUCGUUGGAUGAGAAAACGAGUGCUUCUCUAAAGUUUACUGUUUUAAAUCCAAAAGGACGAAUCUGGACAAUGGUAGCUGGUGGUGGUGCAAGUGUAAUAUAUGCAGAUACUGUUGGGGACUUGGGAUAUGCAUCUGAGCUCGGAAACUAUGCUGAGUAUAGUGGAGCUCCCAAUGAGGAGGAAGUUUUGCAGUAUGCUCGAGUAGUGAUUGAUUGUGCAACAGCUGAUCCCGAUGGGCGAAAGAGAGCUCUACUGAUUGGAGGUGGUAUUGCUAAUUUCACUGAUGUUGCUGCUACUUUCAAUGGAAUUAUUCGGGCACUGAGGGAGAAGGAAUCCAAGCUAAAAGCUGCGAGAAUGCACAUAUACGUUCGAAGAGGUGGUCCUAACUAUCAGACGGGAUUGGCCAGAAUGCGAGCUUUGGGUGAGGAAUUGGGAGUUCCCCUUGAGGUAUACGGACCGGAGGCUACAAUGACCGGCAUCUGUAAGGAGGCAAUCGAAUGUAUUAUGUCUUAGAAAGAAGAAACUGGAAUAUAUAUUCACAAUUUUAUACCAGUUUGUGAUUGAACUAAGCCCCUAGAAAAGCAUGCUGAUCAUCCAUUAACACAACACUCCUUACUUUGAGAGAAUGGGAUUUUGGUUUUCGAACAAGGGUUUUAAUGUUGUUUCAUUAAUUGUGAAUUUGUGAUCAUCAUUUUGUAAUGACUGGCAUCUCACAUGUAAACUUGGAAAUCUGAAAAUUGGAGGGAUCUUCCCAUGUUUGCUUGUGUUUCAGAACUCGAAAUAAGUGUCUAAUUUACGUACAACAAAUAAGGCAAUAUACAGUGGAGUAUAUUUUUUUCGUUCAGCGAAUUUAGCCCUAACCGUAACCGACCUUGUGUGUUUAAGAAUUCAGGCGAUAGACCUUUUGGUUUCCGCUAAAGUUUUUAAGUCUCUUUCACCGUGGGAAGUAAUUACCUCAAGUGGAUUUGCGGAACGUGAUUCAUGUGAAGGAUUUGGCUAUGGAGCGAAGAUACUAAACAUCAAACUAGAUCCACAACACAUACAUAUAAUAUAUUAUAUACAUUAUCGAAC